ACGUGUGUAAACAGCGUAGAAGACCCGCGAAUGAUGUCGCCUAUGCGAUUGCCUGUUUUUAAGUAAAUUCUCGAGUAAACGCGAUUUCCCCCCCAGUGUAGGAUAUUUAGUUGUAUUCGGUGAUGCUGACUUUAAAGUCUGAACGCAGCUGUUUUCUCUGGUGAUGUUUAUAAUUCCUGACGCAUUUAAAGUACCGGUUUACGUUACUCUGCCUCGUUACAGUCUGUCGACAGCACGGACCCGUGCUGCUAAAACAGUUCCAAUAAAUAACUUGCCACCUCGACCGAGCUUAAAACGUAUUUAUUUAAAGGAGUCAUUUCAACACCGAAGACAUGAAUAGGCGAGAAGGUGAAGGAUGUCCCCGGAGAAACGCUGAUGCAGCGCAGGAUCGAGAUGCUGGUGCCAACUCUUCCUCACCGGUCAUUGCUGCUUUCAAAGUUUUCCAGCAGGAGCUCGACACCAAACACGACAAACAUGAGCGUCUUGUUAAGAUCAGUCGAGACGUCACCAUCGAAAGCAAGAGGACCAUUUUUCUUUUACAUAGAGUGACCAGUGUACCAAAUGCAGAGGAUAUUCUGAAAGAAGCAGAGGUGAAGCUGGAUGCAGUCAGGCAGAAAAUUGGUCAAAUUGCCGAAGAACUCCGAGGAGAGGAUAUCUUUCAGUUCCACAGAGCUUUCACACCAGGAAUCCAGGAGUAUGUGGAGGCCGUCUCUUUCCUGCACUACAUCCGCCAUCGCAGCCUUAUCAGCCUGGAGGAGAUCAACGCCCGACUGGUUUUCGGGACAGCUGAGAAGGGCACAGCCGAGGAGCUGCAGACCGACGGUCCGGUCCUCACCUUUCAGGUGACCCCCUCCGACUACCUGCUGGGCGUGGCCGACCUGACCGGAGAGCUGAUGCGCAUGUGCAUCAGCAGCGUGGGCAACGGCGACAUCGACACGCCGUUCCAGCUGAGCCAGUUCCUGCGGCAGAUCCACGACGGCUUCUCUUACAUCGGGAACACGGGCCCGUACGAGGUGUCCAAGAAGCUGCACACGCUGCGACAGAGCCUGGGCAAAGUGGAGGACGCCUGCUACGCCCUGCGCGUCCGCGGCUCGGAAAUCCCCAAACACAUGCUGGCCGACGUCUUCUCCAGCAGGAGCGCGCUCCCCGACCCCGAGGAGGGAGUGGUCUGAGUCCCGUUGUUCUCCAGUUUGAUGUUUUGUACGUACUUUUAAUGGGGUUUGAUAUUGUUUGUGACCCGCUUGUUAAUUCUGUUUCUACUACUCAAAUAAAAACAGUGCUCCAAUAGACAAUGGAUUAUUUUUCUUUGAUAAGGAUCUGGUGAAUUCAGUUCUGUUUCAAAUAUUCUAUGCUCUCCCAGUCGAGCUGCUUUGAUAAUGUGUGUGUUUAUUUUAUUUUGCUCUCUGCCCUCCCCUCGCUUUAUCACACAGAUAAUCUAAGGUGCAACCAUUGGCUGCUUGCACACACUGCAUACUGUGUGGGGAAAGAUCAUGUGACAUUUACACGUUCCUGUUCUCUGCCAGGCACACAUCCCAUCACUUACUUAUUCUACCCUCUCGUUACAGUCCUCGAAAGAAUAUUCAAAUGAUAUGGCAUUGAAAUGAUAUUCUCCUGCAUUUUUCUCAUGAUUUAUUCUGAUGGGGGUAAAUAUUACCAUCCAGAUGGACAAUGUGCUGUCGUCAUAGGUGGCCACAGUGUGAGGUCUACAAGUUUAACAAGAGAAAAAUGUAAUUGAUGAGUCAAGCCGCAGCAUGUAGGUUUUUUCUGUUUCUAUUCUGAAGCCUCUGAUGUGCUUGUCGGCGUGCAUCUCUCAUGGAGCUUUAGGAUUAAACAUAUCCCUCUUUCAAUCAAUCAAUUCAGCUUUAUGUAUAAAAAUUACAAAAUGCACAAAAAACAUAAUCUGUCAUUUCAAUGCUCCUGAUGUCCUUUCUGUAGCCUGGGAAAGAAGGUUUUCUUUUAAUUAAACUGCCACCUGGUGACCAAUAUAAAAACAACGUACUUGAUUCUUCAUCAUAAAAUGGAUGAGGUAGAAAUGAAAUGUAAUUUAAUUAAAAUUUUGCAAUAAACCACUACUGAAAAACA